AUGGCUUCCUCUUCUUCUUCUUCCAUUUCUCCUAAACUAGAAUAUGAGGUUUUCCUUAGUUUCCGUGGUGCGGACACCCGAGUAAACAUAACCAGCCAUCUAUAUGAAGCCUUUUGUCAGAAAAAGAUUAAAACUUUCAUUGAUGAUAGCCUUGUCAGGGGAGAAGAAAUUUCUCCAUCUCUUUUGAAGGCAAUUAAACAUUCAAAGAUCUCGGUUAUCAUUUUCUCUAAAGGCUACGCUCCCUCCAGAUGGUGUCUCAAAGAACUUGAGGAGAUUGUUAAAUGUAAGAACACGUAUGAUCAGAUCGUAAUACCAGUCUUCUAUGACGUAGAUCCAUCUGAUGUCAGGAAUCAAACUGGGGAUUUUGGGAAAGCAUUUGCUGAGCUUGAAAAGCGUUUUAUGGAUGAUUCAGAGAUGUUGCAGAGAUGGAGGACUGCUUUGAGGGAUGCAGCCAACAUAUCUGGUUAUCAUUCAAAGAACUCUAGCAGUUCCAUAUGUUUUCUAUUUUUAUUAUCUUUUCCAGAUUUACUGAGGACAGAUUCAGAUGAUUAUAACUCAGUUAUUACUUCCAAGUACCUAGUUGGAUUAGAGUCAUCAAUCGAAGAGAUUGAAAAUUUAUUAUGUUCAAAGGGUGUUUGCAAGUUAGGAAUUUGGGGCAUCGGGGGCAUAGGAAAAACUACUCUUGCUGAUGCUAUAUUUAAAAAAAUUUCUAAACAGUUUGAAGAAUCUUACUUCAUUCCAAAUAUUAGAGAAGAAUCAGAAAAAAGCGGGGGAUUAAAUGACUUAUGCCAAAAACUGAGUUCUGCAGUUUUAGGGGAUGAACAUCCCAAUCAUAGAUUCACCUUCACAAGAAGAAGUCUUAUUAGCAGAAAAAAAGUUCUUAUUGUAUUUGAUGAUAUAACGAAUUUAAAUCAAAUACAAUGUUUAAUGGCAGUUUUUGGUGAGUUGGAUUCAUACAGUCGAAUCAUUAUAACGUCAAGGGACAAACAUGUGCUGAGAAAUUGUGAAGUGGAUCACAUUCAUGAGAUGACAAAGUUAUCUCUUGUUGAUUCUUUUAAACUUUUUGUCCUACAUGCCUUUAGAGGAAACCCUCCAACAAAAGAUUAUAUCAAGCUAUCAUUUGAAGUAGUAGAUUAUACUGAAGGUCUUCCAUUACCUCUUGAAGUUUUAGGUUCCUUUCUAUUUACUAGGACGAAGAGAGAAUGGGAAAGUGCCCUAGAAAACUUGAAAACAAGUCCUCCUGUGGAUGUCCAAAAAGUGUUAAAAAUAAGUUACGAAGGAUUAGAUGAUAAAAAGAAGUGUGUAUUUUUGGAUAUUGCAUGUUUUUUUAAAGGGUAUAAAAGAGAUCUUGUAGAAGCAAUCUUGAAUGCUCGUAACGUAGACGCUCAUAUUCAUAUAAAUGUUCUCAUUGAAAGGUCUCUCAUAACUACUUCGUAUGACACUAUAACAAUGCAUGAUUUACUUGAAGAAAUGGGUAGAGAAAUUGUUCGGCAAGAAUCAAUUAAUAAUCCUGGUGGACGUUGUCAUUUGUGGGAUCGUGAGGAUAUAUUUUCAGUAUUGAAGAAUAAUACGGGAACUAGAGCAAUUCGAAGCAUAUGCUUGGAUAUGUCUGAAGUAGAAGAGCUGCAUUUAAAUCCUGAAGCUUUUAACAAAAUGCCAAACCUACGAUUCUUGAAAAUUUCUGGCUCCAAGGAUGGAAAGAAAGUGCAUGGUUUUGAGAAUCUUAAGUCUGAUUUCUCUGAGCUAAGGUAUUUUUGCUUUCAUGGAUAUCCUAGCAAAUCAUUGCCGCCAAAGUUUAAUCCAGAGAACCUUGUUGCACUUUACAUGCCUAAUAGCACAGUUGAAAAACUUUGGACUGGUAACCAGGAUCUUGUUAAUUUGAAAUAUGUUAACCUCAGUUACUCAAAACAUCUACGCAGAAUACCAGAUUUGUCACUUAUGCCAAAUCUUGAGAGCUUGAAUCUUAAUGAUUGUACAAGUUUGCUUGAGAGUUUUUCAUCUAUCCAUAAUCUCCGUAAACUUGUUUUCCUAUAUCUAGAAGGAUGCAAAAGCUUGACAAAUCUUUCAAUUAGUGAUAAUUGCCAAUCUCUUCGGGAAGUUUAUCUCUCCAAUUGCUCAAAUCUCGAAACAGUUCAACAUCUCCCUGAUACAAUUGAAGGGUUAUAUCUAGAUGGAACUGCCAUUAAAGAAUUCCCAUCAAUAGGGCAUUUAUUUAGACUAGUAAGAUUGAGUCUUAGAAAAUGUUCAAAGCUUGAGAGAUUACCAGAUAGUAUUUGUGAGUUGAAAUCCCUUAAAUAUGUUUGUCUCUUGGGUUGUUCCAAACUUGACAGAUUGCCUAAUGAAAUGGGAAAUUUACAAACUCUAGAGGAACUGGAACUGGGGAAAAUUUCUUUUGCAGAAAUACCGACAUGUAUGACAAGUUUGAUCAACCUUGAGAUAUUAUAUUUGAGAAGCUGUAAGAUGCGGAAGCGAUCGGGUAUCCCACUCGUCGAUUUAUCUGUCUUCCAAAGAAUGGCAGAGCUAUGCCUGAUUAAUUGUUGCAUCGAAGUGUUACCCAGCAGUAUUGACCAAUUACUCUCACUGCAACAUUUAGAUAUAGCCCAAAACAAUUUGGAGACGCUACCAGAGAGCAUCAAAGACCUGCCUAAGCUGGCAACGCUUAUUUUAAGCAAUUGCCAAAGGCUUAAAUACUUACCAGAGCUUCCAAGAAGUCUACAAAAAAUUAUUGCAGAGAAUUGCGUAUCUCUUGAAUCAAUAUCAAGUUUAUUCCUAUGUACGGAUUCUUUUAUUGACAUAAUCGACUUCGCUAAUUGUUUCAAAUUAAAAUUAGAGAUGACAGAUGCUUUCUUGUUGAAUAUUGAGAGAAGUGCAGCAUACAAUCACCGUCAAGAGCAUUUGGAACGAUGUAUUGGAUUGCAAUAA